UGUACCACAAGUCUUUGAACUAUUUAUUAGGUUGAUGUUUCAGAGAACCUUCCUCAAGAUGUGCAAACAAACCAAAGGUGCCCAGCCAAUCUAUUUACAGGUGCUAUUGGUGAGCAGUAGUCGGUAUCCAGAUCAGUGGAUUGUUCCUGGAGGAGGGAUGGAGCCAGAAGAGGAACCAGGUGGUGCUGCUGUGAGAGAAGUCUAUGAAGAGGCUGGAGUAAAGGGUAAAUUAGGAAGACUUCUUGGAAUUUUCGAGAACCAAGAUAGAAAGCAUAGGACUUACGUUUAUGUGCUCACUGUGACUGAAGUACUGGAAGAUUGGGAAGAUUCUGUAAAUAUUGGGAGGAAGAGGGAGUGGUUCAAAGUGGAAGAUGCCCUGAAGGUCUUACAGUGCCACAAGCCUGUACAUGCAGAAUAUUUGGAAAAACUGAAAUUGGGAUGCUCACCAACUAAUGGAAAUUCAGUGGUGCCCCCCAUCCCAGACAACAAUUCUCUCUAUGUUACAUCUGCACAGACUUCUAGCCUGCCAUCGACUGUGAGAUAAGCUUUGUGCAUUGUGGGAUGGCACAUCAUAAGAGAAAAUGGUCCUAGAUGUUCUUAUGCCGACAUCCUUACAAUGAGGCCUGGAUUCUCCAUGUUUUGUUUUUCUUCUUUCUCAACAAUUUUGCCAUCCUUUCUUUGUUUUUAACAAUGUAAAUUAGUAUUUCAUCAAACCAAAGCCCAGUGGAUUUUUAAGAUGCCCCAAUGGACAUUUUUUCUCUCCUGUCUUAUGUAUAUACAGCCGCUGUCGUUAACAUAACUUUUUUUUUUUUUUCAUUGGGUGGCCAUUUUUCCUUACCUGCUUGGUUGCUGGAAGGGCUUUAUUUUAUUGCUAGAUGCAAGGUGGACUCUUGGUGCUAUGCAUUAAAGAUUCCUCCUGUAUCGUACAAGGGCAAUCUUGAAAACAGAACCUUGUUCUCUACUAGAAGUGUGGCCUUUACCAAAUUUAGCUCUGGGGAGGCUCUUUUUGCCUUGCUAACUGCACCAGAAAAAUUAACUGGCUUUCAAAAUAUGUUUUUACUCUAGUAUGAUACAAUUUACAGUGAAACAACUGUGGUAUGUUAGCGGCAAUAGGAGAAUUAGUAUAAUCUAUGGUUUGAUUGUAUAGAUAGCAACACAAGUAUAUUGUAGCAUGGUUCAUAUGGCUUUUCCCUGAAAAUCUUCUUCAAAAUGUGUGCCAUUUCUACAUUUUAAUAUUUUACUGUAAGAAUCUCAGAUUGCCUCACUGCUACUGAUCUGUCAGAAUGUCAAUGAAUUCCUUUUUUUCUAGUAGUCAGUUUAUGCAUUAGUAUCAUCACUUUCAGUGUGUUUGUUACUUUUUUCCUAUUUCAGAUUGCUCAGCUUUUUGGAGUAGGAAGGAAGCUUCUGUAACUAGAUAUGCAUUCUGAUAUGAGUGUUGAGACAGUGGACUAGUUUAAUGCUGAAGUGGGGCAAAAACACUUAGCAAAGCAUUUGGUCAGUGUCGCACUGAAAAACCAUAUAGUAGCAUCCAGUAACUUUGCUGCAUUAUUUCAGCUUAACCCUCUGCAAGGUUUCAAACCUGGACAAAUAGCAGUGAGUGUUAGGCUAUUUCCAUAGGCUCAAGCUCUUUGAGUAAUGUCAUAUAGAGACAUGUAUUUGCAUCUCCUGUGUAUUGAACUCAUAAACAGCUGGCCCUUGUUUCAUGAAAGUUUAAGACUUUAACCCACUGCCCAGUUGUCCACUACUCUCUUGGUUUUUGUUGUUUUUAGGUUGACAAAGAGCAGAAUGUGCGCUAUGUGGCUUCAAUAGCUGCAUGUAAAGGUGGGCAUACACAUUAAUAUCUGCUCAUUUGGUGAGGUUAGCCAGCAAGUGAGUCUUUGCCUCAGUUGGCCACCUGUUAAAUCAGGCUGAGCAGAUUGUUUGGCCCACCAGGCCAAAUACCAGAUCAUAAUGUGCAGACUCCUUGAUAGAGAACUGCAGCAAAUGGAUGGUGCAGCCCUAGACUGCCUGGUUUUCAGCUAGAUAUUGGUCAGACAGGCUGAUCGGAAGUCCCAAACACAGGCUGGAAAGCUACUGACUUUGUCUGCAGGUGCUGAGUUUGUGACUAAUAUUGAUCUGUGUAUGGCCAGAUAAAGUUUGCCUCUUAAUUUUAGUGACACUUCAUUUUACAGUGCCUAACUACUAAAUUAUGUCUGGUGCAGUUAAUAUUGAAUUGCUAUAGCAAGAGGCACUUUUUUCCAAAUGAAUAUUUAUGGCAAUCAAGUCAGAUUAAGCAACAUUCUGAACAUUGAUAAGGCUUUUUGAAUAAAGGUAGGACUAAUCCCAAAAAAAGUUUGAAUACAUGUAUUUCUAAUAGUCUUUGUGAGCUCUUUAUACCUUGACACUACAAAAAUGCAGCUAGCCCUUUUUCUGGAUGACUAUGUAUAGUGCACCUAUUUAUUGCUGUGUGAUCCACAGAGUAUAAGGUAUUUUAGUGCACAUCUUGGUCAUUCCUGUGGGUAGUGGGUACGUUAUUAUAAAAUCACUUAUUUUAGGCAGGACCAAAUAGAACCUUUUUCAGUUUUUAUGUUUUUGCAGUAACUGUCCUCUUUGGUCACAACUGUCCUGCCAAAGUGUCCUGUCAUUAGACAAGCUCUUAAGGUGGCCAUACAUGUAAAAAUUUUCUCCCAAUAUCCCCACCUACGGGUGGGCAAUAUCGGGGGAAUUUAGGAUAAUUUGGUCGUUUGGCCCUGGGGCCAAACAAUCGAAUUAUAACGUCUGUAAUGGGCGCAGUCGGUCGUUGAUGCGGUCCCCAAUCCGACUGAAUGUUUUAACCGGCCCGAGCGAUAGAUGCCAGAUUAGCUGUCAGGCAGGCCAGUCGUUUUUGCCCCUACAUAGGCCGAUAAUCUGCCGAAUCGGUCCAAGGGACUGAUAUCGGCAGCUACAAUUGGCCCGUGUAUAGCCACCUUUAGUUCUUGAAUGCUGCUGCUAUCAUGAUAUCUUUGCUGACAGUAGCUGGGCUCCAGGCUAAUGGAAGAUUGAAAUUAACUAUAUUGGGUAUUUUUCGCUCACUUAGUGGGCCUGGGCUAAAUGUAUGGGCUUCUUAUUAGGUUUGCUUAAAGGAAUAGUAACAAUAAAAUUGUGUUUUGAAGUAUUUAAAAUAUAAUGUACUGUUGCCCUGCACUGGGAAAACUGAUCAUGUAAAACUAUAGUAACAUUUCUGAAACAAACCAGUCUACUGUGUAGCCAUGGGGCAGUUAAAAUAGGGCUAAAUGGCACAGUUUAGAUAGCAGAUGAUAAGCUCUGUAGAAUAUAAUGCUGUUCUACAGAGCUGAUCUCUUUGCACUAAAUGGCACAGGUUUAGUAGCAGGUUUUAUAACUGCCCUCAUAGCUACACAGAAGCUUGUUUAUCUACACUGUAUAUGCGUCUCUGAAGCAAACACACCUGUUUUGCCAGUGCAGGACAACAUUACAUUAUAUACUUUCAUUUUUUUUGCCACUUCCCAGUUAUCCAUAUUUUCAUUAUUUUGAUUACCAUGCCUAAAAUCUAUUAAGGAUAAGCUUAACUUAGCUUAGCUUCAAUUAACAUGAAUCCGAGUUAACAUCACUUGCAAGCCAUUGCUAUUAUUAAAGAGAACAGGAGCGGCAUUAUGAAGGUUCUGAGUGUUGUACAUGAGAUGAUAGGUGGCUAUCCACAUGGUUUAAAAGUGCAUUCAUCAAAUAGGUGAUUGGUUCCUAUGGACAACUGCACUAGUGCUGUUAACCAUCUGUAUUUGGUGCUGAUUUACAAAAUUCCUGCUACAGGUAUUGCACAUUCUUCAGCUGUGACUGCAUCAAAGUAACCUAGUGCCUGUUGCUUCCUGCUACCACCAACUGCCACAUACAAAUUCAAGCACAAAUAACCAUAAGAGUCCCAUGAGCUAGGCAGCCACCACUAUUGGAAGCAUACCCAAAGUCGCCUAAUGUCAAUUUUCUAUACUGAUAUUGAGCAUGAAUCUUAAAGUGGAGGGAUUGACAUUUUUGAGCUGGCCCAUUUCACCACCCACACAGCUUAACUGCCAACAAUUUUACUGUGUACUGAAGCCUAUGGAGGCUUUGAAGGAGGACCACAUCAACACACAUGCCAAUAAGUUGGCAACUUGGUCUGGAGUUUGUAGCUUCUAUGAGCCUGUUUUUGGCCAACUUUAUUCUGUAUAUAUAAUGUCAAAAGACAUAUUUUUUUUUUUAGUGCUUUGAAAAAGAAAAUGAGGGUGCAUCCUAUCCUCUGUAUAGGAUUUGGUAAGUAAAGUAAAGGUCUGAAACCUUUGCAUGGCACAGUGUGUUAGUGAGGUUCAUACUGAGAGUAUUAUUAUUGGGUGCCCACAGAUUGUCCCAGCUCAAUUAGUGAUUUAUAGACCAUAUUGUUCCAGGGCUCACAAUACAAUAGUUUGCCAGAGGGGGCGCCAAAGUGCUCUGCUUCUAAAGGACUUCUUAGGGGCAUGUAUAGCAAAAGGUGGAUUUACCCAACAAUAUAGUUUCUACUCUAAAAACCCACUACUUAAAUGAACAACUGCAAGAUCAAGAUGUGCACUAAAGGAUGUGUAAUAGUACUGUUCUUUUUGUUUUACUAAGUUUGUUUAGUAGAAGCUUUUUAUGUGCAGCUUAUGAUGGGGAAUACAUACUUAGCAGAAACCUAGAUGAAUAGGGUGCAGGGGGCUUAGAAACACAUGUAAUGGUAGGCAGUUCAGGUGUUUUUAGCAGCUAUCAUGGUAUUUAUUAGUGAGGAAUAUAUAACAAAUUUAACCUAAAUCUGUCGCUAUAAAACCAUCGGUACAGAUGAUGAUUUUCCUGCCAAUGUAGCAUUAAUAUUAAACAUAAAAUUGUGCCCAUAUGCAUAGGCAGCAUUUGACUUUUCUCAGGUUAUUCCAAUUUUAAAAUGAUGUUCCCUGGGGAAGUUUGCUUUCAGGAUAUUUGGCAGGGGUCUGGGACUGAAUUUCAGAGGAGCCUGUAACCAGUGAGAUACGUGUCCUUGCCAACUGCAUGAGAGGGUUAACUUAUAUAAAAAAAAAAAUGGGGCCUUUUGCUUCUCCUAACGUUCUUGAAGAGGAAAAGUCAUCUCCAUUGCUCAUAGACUGCAGGGCUGCUUCCAUCAAAGCCAUUAUUUCCUAGUCCCAUUUUGCUCCCAGGAAGUCAUCAGAAAAAAACUGUGGGCAGGAAAGCACACUCUUAUGUAAUAGGUGUCUAUGAGAUGGAGGCUUGCUGCCUGAGACCUUACUGAGAGUUUCAUGGAGCUCAGCCUGUUAGGGGAGACUGUCAUUGCUCAGCGCAGGCAGUCUCUCACAACAAGCACUAUUAGCCAAUCACUCAUGUUUUGGCCUCCUGCAAGCUCUGUUGCUAUAGGAGACCUCAUGUUUAGCUGUGUGAAUGACCAGUCCCUUUUUGACAGUGUUUGAUUUUCUGUAGAUAUUUUGUAUCCAGCAAUUCUCAUAUUCCAUGUAAAAAGAAAAAUAUAAACACACAUUUUGUAAAUAAACCAGUAAAUCAACAGUGCGCGGACAAAGGAUGCUCGUAAUUUAGACAUUUUGUUACUCAACACAAAUUUUCUUCUACUUUUUAACACACAUUGUGUAAAAUGCUGCUAUAAAUUAAAAAGAAUUGAGUGCUGUUACACUUUUUUUUUUUUGUUUGUUAAAGAAAGAGCGGUGCCACAGUUGUUUUGUUAAUUAUCCUUGUGCCAAUUAAUUGCCUUUAUACCUUCAAGUAAUAGUAUCAUGUAUAUUUAUAUAUGUCAGCUGAAGUCUUUUUUUCUAUUCAAGCCAUGUGGCAUUUCCAAUAUGAAUCCUCACUGGAAGCUGUCAUGGAAAGUAAAACCUCCACAUGCCCUCAUCAUCUAAGGUCUUCAGCUGGUUAUGGAUGUACUGCACACAUUCACGCAGUUAUAUGGGAGAUCAACUGUGUGUGUAAGAUAUAUAUAUAUAUAUAUUCCAUUCUCAGUCUAGAAUUGUCAGCAAAUCCUUUCUCUUACUGAGCCAGCCUUGUCUAUCCUAAACUUGUUUGGGGCCCAGUGUGCACAUGUGACUUGUAGGUACCGAUGAACCCUAGAAAUCAAAUCUGCCUUGCAAAGCAUCUCCUACGGUCAUUGCAUUAGAGAAUAUUUGAUGGGAUAGUGAUUUUUAUUUUGCAGUUUGUACACUUUAAUUCUUCUCAUUUACGAUGAAAGGGAAUUUGAGGGAAUGUUCAUACCUGGAAACUGUGUAUGGGUAAUGAGUAGGCUUGUGUCAUCCUACUGCCUUCCUGUCCUAGCUGCUGAGUGCCCCAAGAAUAAUAAACUUAUUCAAGUCCCAAAUGUUUAGACACCAUUCAUAUGGAUGGAGUAUUUUCAAUGUAUUUUUUUAAAUUGUCUUUAAACCCCAAUUCACAAACAUAAAUGGGGGGAAAAAUGCAUAUCUCCCAAAAAUACUCCUACACCCUAUAAUUUGUAUAGGUUGUUGGUGUAGUUUUCAGAAUUGUGUGCAGAAUGUGCCAUUUGCAAAUAGUACAGCCUCUUCCAUCAAGGACCCAUAUAUCUUUAUCAAGUAUCUCUUAGAAUAUGCAAAUGGUUAAAUAUAUAUAUAUAUAUUAAAAUGCCCCCCACCUUAACAGGAACUCUUCUUACUGAUUUUGUUACUGCAAUUGGCACUCUUAAGGUGCCCAGCUCUAAUACUCUUGUCAUUCAUGUGGUGGUGCUGUAUGUGCUAGUCUAGGGGGCAGUGCAUGGCGCUGAUAGGCUGGAGAUACUGUUAUUGUUCUUCUGCCUUCGGUCAUGGCACUGCUUCUCCACCCAGCACAGAGGGGCCAUGCAUCAGUGUUGGCACACAAUUCCAGUAAUGGAAAGGUACUUGUGUUAUUCCAAACAUCAAAAAAUGAACUGGGCCUUAUGUACAUUCAAAUAGAAAAAGUCCUUUGCUUGCAAAUCUCUUAUUCCUUGUAGCAAACUGUUCAGGUAUUUGUACUGGAGUGUCACUUAGUGCAUGUGUUCCACUGGUUUUCCUACAGAAGAUUAUGGUUCUGUCACAUGGCACAUCCAUUCAUUGGCUGACCCUUCAUUUCAAUGGAUUCAUCUCUUUCCCCUCUCAAAUAAUCAUUUAUAUGUUUUAGAUGCUCCUCUUUCCGCUGCAAAUAUGGAGAAACCAAACUGAUUUUAAGAAACUGUGUAAAGUGCAAAGAAGUAAGCUUGUGACUACGUAUUCUUAGAGGUUAGAAUGCAUGAUCUUUUGUAACUCAAACUCUAUGUAUUUGAUAAAUGUGUAAAAAAUGAAAUAAUGUACAGUAUUGGUAUAGCUCAGAAAUGUCCAUCCAGUGGCUGUCUCUCCAGCGUUACGAUUCCCAGGGACGCUGGGAGUCCCGACAGCUUUAUAGGGGGCCACAGGUUGGACAUUGCUGAUGAAGGUUUUCAGCGCCACAAUUGUUGGCGCAUACAUUUUUCUUGUUGAAUAUUUUGGGAACUGUGGUUUAAGGAUUCGGCACCAUAUUGACUUUGGCUUUUGCUUGUGCCAAAAUGUUCUCUCAGUACACACAACCUCUAUGCAACAUAAGUACAUAUCCUCUAAUGGGCGGCCCUUGAAAACAGCCUGCUGCUCGUGGUUAGUUCAGUGCACUUAAUAUUCUCAAAGGUGUGUCCCUUUUGUUGCAUCGGCUCUUUUGCUGCUGUAUUUGGGUUUUGUAGUCUUUCUUUUGCUUAGAUGUGCAGCAAGUGUCAUGUAACAAAUGUACGAUACUGAAUAUGAUUUUCUACUCACAACUCUCUUAGCAGAUUUUUAGGGAAGGCCAAAGGGUAGUCAUUGGAAUUUUCCUGUGGUGCGGAACGCCUGUUUGGCCUUUAGUGGCAUAACAUUGACCUACACUAUUAGCAGUGGAAGCGCUGAAAGCUGCACAAAUAAAAACUCAUUGACUAUUGGUAAGAUUUGCUUUCCUGAAGGGCUAUAAUAUCUAAAGUGUGAGUGUGCGGUUGAACUGCAACAACCGGCAAGUGAGGUCUAGUUUUACAUCCAAGAACAAACGCUUUAACAUGCUGAACAGUAAAGGUUAAAAAUGUGAAAAACUCGUUUCAUUUUUUGUCAUUACUAUUUUCAUGGUACCUGCAAAAAGCCAGUGGGAAUGUGUAUAUAUUUAUAUAUAUUUCAAUUUUGGGAGCCCAUGUAUAGACUAUACAAAAGCUUUUAUUAUACAGAAUUUGGCUGUAUAUUAUUUUUUAUGGAACAAUCUGAUGUUAAUUCUUGAAUUUCGUUUGUGGAUUGAACCAGCUCAUUAAAAUUGUAAAUGAU